CCGGUAUCACCAGCGGCAGUCGUAUGCUAUGGCGGAAAACACGAAGAUGCUGUCACUUGCAAGAGUGUGUUAAGUAACCGAUCGUUACUUUCUCUGCCAAGGUGCAGGACGCUUUCCACUUCCGUACAGCCGUUCUUAUUCACAAAUCCAGUGUGAACUGAUAUACAGUAUCGGUAAAAAACAACAAAUAAUGGCAUCAACCACCUCGUACUUUCGCCACCAGGCAGUCAUUUUUAUUGCCAUGUACCUUGGUUACGCUUUAUAUUCGGCCACAAGGAAAUCAUUUACUUAUGUCAUGCCUUAUAUAAUUGAAGAAAGGGAAGUUAGCAAAAGUGAUUUAGGUCUGAUUAUAAGCAGUCAAACGUUCGCUUAUGGCAUCAGCAAGUUUAUUAGCGGUGUGUUCGUUGAUAGACUGAGUCCAAGAUUAAUGUUUUCUUUUGGGCUGUUCUUCUGUGGUGUUGCGAAUUUAGUAUUUCCCGCUUUUGAAGCCAUAUCUGCAUAUGCUUUACUCUGGUUUGUGAAUGGCAUUGCACAAGGAUUUGGUUGGCCUGCAUGUGGAAAAAUAUUAAAACAGUGGUUCACACCAGCACAGCUGGGUACGUACUGGAGUUUAUUAUCUACAAGUACAAAUGUAGCUGGAGUACUCAGUCCUGUUGUAUCUACUAUAAUUGCAGCUUUCUAUGAUUGGAGAUUAUGUUUACAAAUACAAGGUGCCUUGGCAGUAAUUCUGUCAUUUUUGUGUUUCUUUAUGAUCACAAAUUCACCUAAUGAUGUGGGGUUGGAAAAUGUGAUAACAGACACAGGUGAUAAAGUGAAGUCAGAGAAAGGCAAAGAGAAAGGUACUGAUACAAUGUCUGAUCUACUAGCAAGUCCAUUCAUGUGGGUGAUUUCUAUACUCUUUGCAUUGGUAUUUGGUGUUACUACUGGGUGUACAGACUGGUCGUCACUCUAUCUUAUACAAGAAAAACGCAUGACAGCGGAAUUAGCCAGUGGUUUUGCCAGUGCAUUACAGAUUGGUGCCGUAAUAGGCAGCAUUGCAGCUGGCUACCUCACGGAUAUACAAAUGGCAAAGCAUGGUAUUCAGUCUCAUGGAAGCGCUCGUUAUCCACUGCUGACAUCGUUUAUGUUGUUAUUAACAAUCUCAUUACAUUUAUUGGUGUAUUGGACAGACGAACAUUCCCCACAGUAUUGGCUUCUGUUCAUUGGUUUUAUAAUUGGUAAUUGUACUUUUGGAUCAGUAUCAUUAUUUGGUGUCUUGGCCAUUGAGCACUCUCCUACCCAUCUAUCUGGCUCAGCACAUGCUAUCGCUGCAUUGGGAGCUAAUGUGGGUGGAGUUUUAGCUGGAUUACCUCUAAGUUAUGUUGCUAAUGACUACGGCUGGUCUGGUGCAUUCCUCAUCAUGGAAAUAACAUCAGCAAUAUGUUUAUUAAUAUUGGUGCUGACAUGGAGUAUGCCAAGCAAGAUUGGAAAAAGACUGAAGAAAGAAUAAAACUAGAUAAUAACAUGCAAUUCACACAUAAACUGAGAUUUUAGAAGUAUCCUUUCAGACGUUUUGCUUGCUUAAACUGAAUAGUGUGCAAAGUUAGUUGAAAGAUUAUGGCACUUUUGUUUGAGGAUAUUUUUUCCGCUUCAAGUUGGAAGCACAGAUAAGCAGUCUGUCCUACCUUCUGGUUUGUUGACCUCAGGUCAUGCAAUAUGUGCAAACACAAAAGCAAUAAAC